AUGAGGGAGGAGCGUGUUGAAUUGGCUCCUCAAGAAUCAGAGCCCCGUUUUGCAGGACAAGUGAAAUUUUCAGGUGCUUGUAGUACUGGACGCGCUGAUACCAGGGUUGUUGACCCAGAAAAACCUCCUGUGGAUGACUCGAGCCAUUGUUCGACCUCACCAUUGUGUCCUGCACCACUUACCCGUCAGUUUUGGAGAGCUGGGAACUAUGAUGUAGGACAUUCUGUCAAACCAAGCAUUCAAAAAGGCACAAGUUAUUUGCACGUGCACCCGAAAUUUCUCCAUUCAAAUGCUACUUCACAUAAAUGGGCGUUUGGUGCGAUUGCAGAGCUCCUUGACAAUGCUGUUGAUGAGAUGCAAAAUGGGGCUACCUUUGUCAUUAUGGAUAGAAUUACGAAUCCGAAGGAUGGAAGUUCGGCUUUCCUCAUUCAAGACGACGGUGGAGGAAUGGAUCCCGAAGCAAUUCGCCGCUGCCUUAGUUUUGGCUUUUCAGAGAGGAAGUCAGACUCAGCUAUUGGCCAGUAUGGAAAUGGUUUCAAAACCAGUUCUAUGAGGCUCGGGUCGGAUGUUAUUGUUUUCAGUCGUUGCAAAAAGAACAGGACCAUAACAAAGAGCGUGGGACUUCUAUCAUAUACAUUUUUGAUACAGACAGGCCAUAAUCAGAUUGUAGUGCCUAUGGUCCAUUAUGAAUACAAUGAUAGUAAUGAGUGGAAAUCAUUACACAAUACACAACAACAUAUGACUAAUAUAUCGUUGUUGUUGCGUUGGUCUCCAUACUCAACCGAAGCUGAGCUUCUGAAGCAAUUUGAUGAUGUUGGUGACCAUGGAACAAAAAUUGUGGUUUAUAACUUAUGGCUUACUGAUGAUGGCAAGAUGGAACUUGACUUCGAAACAGAUCCACAGGACAUUCGUAUCUCUGGGGAAGCAAAUAAAAAUGAGAAAAAUGGCUCUAGAAUGGCUAUUAGUGAUGAGCAUCUUGCUAACCGACUUCGUUUUUCACUUCGGGCAUACUUGUCCGUCUUGUAUUUACGCGUCCCAGAGAACUUCUUUAUAUUGUUGCGAGGACAAGUUGUGGAGUAUCAUAGUAUCGCAAGUGAUCUCAAAUUUCCGGAGGUCAUUUUAUACAAACCUCAGAAUUCUGGAAAUAUAGAGGGGACAGUUCUUACAACAAUUGGGUUCUUGAAGGAAGCUCCACUUGUAAACAUACAUGGUUUCAAUGUUUACUACAGAAACCGCUUAAUAUUGCCAUUUUGGCACGUGGUUAGCUAUUCUGACAGUAGAGGCAGAGGUGUUGUUGGUGUUUUAGAAGCAAAUUUUAUCAAACCAACACACAAUAAACAGGACUUCGAGAAAACUCCGGUGUUUCAAAAGCUUGAGCAUCGUAUGAAAGAAAUGACUUGGGAGUACUGGGACUAUCAUUGUCACCUCAUUGGUUAUCAGGCUAAAAAGAAAAUUCGGGCAGUCACAUCUAACUCUACAUCCGAUCUAGAAGAACGUCCUGGUUCAUAUGAACCUGUUCUAUUAAGUAGCAACGGAUCCUCUGUUCAUGGAGCACCCUUCAAAAGGAAAGAGAACAAUCAUCUAGUAGAACCUGAAAGGUUCAGGAGAAAAGUUGGAGUUGGAGCUAAAGCUGUAUUGAGCGAUAAAGAAAUUAUUUCAGUAGCAGUGGCAGCAAAUGAAUCUGAAAACCGGGGAGCUGAUAAGUUGAUUCAAGAAAACAAGAAGCUCUCUGCUCAGUGCUUGGAAUAUGAAAAAAGAGCAGAAGAACUAAAUACUAAGGUGCAAAAGUUCAAGUAUAUUUAA